UACACGGGUGCCCCCAGUGUCAGACCAAGUUCAAAAGGUCCGCAGAUCCCACCGCUGCGUGCCAGUGAUCGUCUCUCCCCACGUUGCUUGACCCUCGAACCGUCUUGUUUCAGCUACUCGACUCUCUGGGCUGCGUGCAUUCACGAUAGCUUCUUUGUCUGUUUGUACCUCCUCUCCAUUUCGCCCUUAAGGAACCUCCUCCCGCAUCUGCAACGUCCCCGUUAUGGCAAUGGCAGUCGAUAGUCGCCAACAGUCCCAACUCAACGGGAUGAGCUACGAUCCUUUGCGUUACCCGCAGCCGCACUUCACCAACCCGUGGGUGUCGGCCGCGGGCCCCUCGCAGCAGCAACUGUAUCAGACCUCGAUCGCACCCAACGUGUCGGCUGGCCUUGAGAAUCACGCCUCGUCCCAGCCUCAAGCCAUUCAACGCCCGACCAGCAUUGCCAUUCCGUACCACGGUCUCCCGGUCACGGCCCCAUCUUUAGGAUCAGGUAUUGCUCUCCCGGAUGGCUCGCUUCCAGCAGAAAACUUACUAGACAUGUCGCAAGAUCUUCUAUCGCGGAGUUACAACGGUGGCUAUGGCACCACCACAUCUGCUACUACAAACACGUACGCACCCACCUCGGCUCCUUACUCUCAAGUCGAUUAUGGAAACACCGAACGAGUUCCCUAUGCAUUCUCACAGGACAAUGCCCGUCGUUCCUCACAUCCGUCAGUACCCUCAGCACCGUAUCUUGACAGCGUCAUGGAAUUGCAGCGUCAACGCCAGAGUUCGUUAGUUGACUUUAGCAGUUUAAGCUCUCAACCGCCUCGCAAUAGCUUCAGCGAUGCCCUCGACGCCAGUCGAGGUAUGGUCUCCUUGAGCCAGUCUGAUAUCACACCGAGGAAUAUCUAUGGCACCCAAGCAUCCAGCCGGAGCUCGACCGACUCGUACGGCUUCCCUUCAACACACUCCGCGCACUCGUCCAUCUCAGGAGCCAGUUACAAUGGCACCAACUACUACGGCGGCGAGGGUUCCGUCACCGACUACAGCUCCGCAUCGGAGUCCGUCGACUUGACGCACUCGCGAACACUGCCACGGCCGAGCGCGCUCAUGGGAGCGAAUAUUCCCCCAGCGCCGCAAUCAAUGAUGGGUCAAUUUAGCUCCAAGGUCUCGUCAAGCUCGCAGAAGAAGCACAAGUGCAAGAUUUGCGACAAAAGAUUCACUCGCCCGAGCUCCCUUCAGACCCACAUGUACAGCCAUACUGGAGAGAAGCCAUUUGCCUGCGAGGUCGAAGGCUGCGGUCGCCAUUUCUCGGUCGUCUCCAAUCUGAGGCGGCACCGCAAGGUACAUAAAGGCGAGGCUCAAGAUCAUCCCUCGCCCGAUGACGCUUGAACCUGUCGAUCACCAAGUGAUUGACAUGCCUGGUCCCCACAAUUCGGACCCUUUCGAGUUUUUCAUCACUGUUUGUUGAUCUCUUCGUUUGCUCUGUGCAUUUGAGAUAUCCACUGUCGCGAUUUGGACAGCGCAUCUGAGUUUUCAUCGGUUGGAUGCUAGACGGGGUCUUCUUCACGACAAAAGAGACGAAUUUCUUCUUUCAGUCGCUUCACCGCCCGGUUCAGUCAUCUACUACCCCGACCUCCUGCGGG